AUACAUAUAUGAUUCAAUAAUGCCAUAUCUGAAAGUUAUCUUGGUAACUGCUACUAAAGAUACAAGUCGCAUGCUCCUUACCAAAUCCUUGGAAUGUAUUACCAUGAUGGCAAUGGCUGUCGGGAAUCUAGCAAUCCUUGAUUAUGCUGAGAAGGUCACUUCUGAGCUCAUUUCACUGCAAGAAACUCACAUGGAGGUAGAAGAUCCAAUGAGGAGCCUUUUGUUACAAGCAUGGGGUAGACUAUGCAAAUGCUUGGGGACAGAUUUCCUUCCUUAUCUGAGUGUUGCCAUGCCCGUCGUACUAAAAUCUGCUCAGCUAAAGAAUUAUUUGAGUGUUUCCGACAAUUCAGACACAGAGGAUUCUGACGAUGAAAGCAUGAUUAAAGUCACUUCUGGGAAUAAAAAGAUCGGGAUAAGAAGCGCACUUCUGGAAGAAAAAGCCUUGGCCUGUCAUAUACUAAGCUGCUUUGCAGCUGAGUUAAAGGAAGGGCUGCAUUUAUGGGUUAAUGAGGUAUGUCUUCAUAUUUACAAUUUACAAGGAUUAAACUUGUGGUUUCUAUCACAUGAAGAUGAAGAUUUCUAUCUAACUUGUGGUUUAUACAGGUUGUUAGUGCUUUAGUUCCAAAUCUUACCU